CUCAUCUCCAUCUCGCCCGCAUCGCUCCCCAGCCAUGGAGUUCCAUAACGUCACCUACAACGAGACCAUUUUCCAGCGGGCCGUCCUGAUCUAUGGCCGGGUCUCCAGCGCUGCCCUGGCUGAUGCCACCGUCCUUGUCCACUCGGACGGCUUCCCGACGCUCGAGUUUCCCUGCGUCGAUGGCUUCUUCAAGGCGCUGUGCAUCUUGCAGCCUGGCCUGAACAACCUCCGGUUUCAGCUCCAGGAGCAGCCGGACAUCGUGCAGCAUCUUGCGCUCACCUACCAGAAGCAGUCGCAUCUGCCGCCGCUGCACCUCGCCAUCCUCGUCGCCAAGGACUCGACCUUCGCCAUCGACACGCCCCACGACAAGCAUCGCCAGACCAUCACCGACGCCAUCGAGAAGCUGCGAUUCAACGCAUACAUGUGGCAGGCCUUCACGGCCGAGCAGAUGCGCCGCAACGGAUUUGGUCGGCGCUCGUUCACCAUCCACGAGGAGCUCAUCGAAGAAACGAUUAGCCAGAGGCUCGGUGGCACACCCCAAGAAACAGCCCGGGUCUUUGUUGUUCCAACCAAGGAGCCGCUCUCUGAGCUUCGACGAUGGGACUUGGCCCAGCAAAAGUCUGGCUCCAGCUCGGGCUCGGACGAUUCGGACGAUUCGGAGGUGUCCAGACCCGAUCUGUACAGUAUUUUCCUCGAUGCGCUCAGGGGAUACGGCGCCCCGUUUGACAAGCCCUGCCAUGUCGCUGGUCUGAUCCUCGACAGCCACUGGGAGCCCAAGAAGAACGCCAUCCUUGCCCAUGCGGCCCUGGGUGGGUCGGGCGGCGAUAUUUCGCUUGGCAUGUUUGGAUCGCACUUGACCCACGCCUGGCCCAGCUGCUUCGAAGACCUUAUCGAGUCACUCGAAGACGACACCCCCAACGACCCGACUGCCACCGCCAACGACAAUGGCGAGUGCCAGACCAGCUUCAAAGCCUUUUGUAUUGGAUCUGGUGCCUUCCUCCACGAGGUCGGCCACUCUUACACCUUGACACACACUCCCUCUGGCAUCAUGUCGCGUGGAUUCAAUCACUUCAACCGGUCCUUCAAUAGCCGCGAUCCUUACAUUGGGCUUCGUCCCAUCACCAUGCAUCUCGAGGACGGCUCGCACUGGCACCGUCUUGACUGCGUGAGACUUCGCUUCCACCCCGAUCUCCGUCUGCCGUCCGAUCCCGAGCUUGUCAUCUCUCCCGAGUCGCCCUCGAUCCAGCUGAGCAACGAUUCGCUUUUUAUCGCCUCCGAGUCCCCUAUCAUGCUGAUUGAGUGGUACAUCGAGCCCGAUGUUGCGGAUUAUGAAGAUCUCAGCGAUACGCUCCCGCUUACAUACGAAAUCCACAACAUCGAGGACAAGAUCCGCCACCUUGCAAGUAGCCGUCGCGAUCCUAGCCGCAAGAUCAAGGUUGAGGUAACCGCCAUCAACCAACAGCACGCCAGUAUUUCGGAUCUCGAGGGAUUCCUGCGAGAUUCCAUCAUGGUUCUGGAUGGCAAGCGCUUUGGCAAGUCGGUGCCUGUCGGUGAAGGCAAGAGCUUUGGCACCCGCGACAGCGACUUUACUAUCUGGUUCGACGAAGACCCACUCGUCCGCAUCAAUGUGUUUGCCGACACCUAUGUCAACGGCAUCGAGUUCUGCUUUGGCUCGAUGCGCACCGUGUUUGCAGGCCACGCUCGUGGAACAAAGAAAACCCUCAACCUCCCUGCAAAUGCGACAAUCCAGCGGAUCGAUGUCAAUUCAGGCUGGUGGAUCGAUGGAUUCCAGAUCCUGUUUUCCAAUGGAUUCAGAUCAGAGUGGUUCGGAACUGCAGGCGCGCGCCAUUCGCUGGUCUGCCCCCCGAAUGCCGUUGUAGCUGGAAUCUAUGGAGGCGCCGCCGAUAAUAUCGACAAGCUUGGCAUCAUCUACAGCUUGUAAGCCGCAUGCGUCCAGCGUACUGGUGCCGCAUGCCAUCCCCCUGAUCGGAUGCACUGGUGUCUGUGUUUUCAUUUUCAUUUUCAUUUUCA